CGAUCCUAGGUUCUCAAACCGCGGUACCGCUCACCGGACCUUAUUAUAGAUGAUUGCGUAAGGUGAUAGAUCCCGUGAGGUUUCCGUUCCGACCGUUCCCCACCCCCAUGAAUCUUCGAGAGUAGACGGAUCCUGCCUUCUUUCUUUCCCAACUUACUCCGCGAUUUGAUGUUACUAGGUUUAGAGUUGAUUUAUUCCAUUAUCACACCCUUGAAGGACCUAGUCCACACAUUUAUAUUCCUUGCUUCCGACGGCCCCUGAAUGAAUCGCCGUGACCAAUCUUGGCUUAUGAGAAACGAGCCUGUCGUCGUAAAUUAACGUGCUACCAGAAAUCGGCUGAGCGAUUUUGUACAAUAGGGCGGAAACGCCGCCGUCCGGGCUUUGAGAAGCAUCUCAUUAAGUCGUUCGGACUAGUAGUCGAGGGCACGUUGCGCCGAGGGCCCAUCUCGUUAAAACAUAGCCCAACAAAAUUCUAACUACCACGGCACACCCUGUGUUCAACAUGCGCUUCCGGCAUACAUUGACGGUUAUUACUAUCGCUACCUCGUGGCGGGCACCAAUAGCUUUAGCAAUCCCUAUGUCAAUUGCCCACACAGCGGGUGACUCGGUUGAACUCAGCCCAAUAGCUGGUGUUCCUCAAGAAAGCAAUAGCACAAAUAAGAUCACUCUCGAAAGGGUUGCGGUCGUCCUUGGGCUUGUUGUUAGUGUCCGUGCCAUCAUCAAAACUAUAAUCGCUGUUAUAAAGUGGAUGCGUAAGAUGAGGGAUCGCAAAGGAAAACAUAGGCAGGAAGCUGCCGGGGUUUCCAGGAAUCCUAUUAACGACGAAGCUGGUAGAGAAGCUCGCGAUGCGUUUGCACUGACAACGCAGCCGGAGGACAGUAAUGAGAUUGAGAUUAAGCUUGAGACUCUUCCAAAAGUUGUUACUGUAGAUAAAGUUGCGCCACCGUCGUCAUUACCUGUGGAGAGACCUUCUCAGGUGCCGACCCCUUCCUCCUCAUCGCGGGUGUAGUCUAUUGUGGAAACAGAGAGUUAGGUUGGAAACUCGAGCCCAGUUAUGUAAUAACUACUCUUGAUCGAGAUGGAAUUGCUUUUAUGAUGGUUUGGGACACUCCUUUGGUCUUUUCUCCCUGCUUAAUUCUCCUUUCUUUCUUCCUUUCUUUCCCUAUUCCUCAAGGCGUUGAGUGGAUCACUGGUUUGGAAGGGGUAUUC